GUGGAAGACGCAUUGCUGUAUUUGGAUCAGGUGAAGAUAGCAUUUGGUGAUAAGCCAGAAAUCUACAACGAAUUUCUGGAUAUCAUGAAGAACUUCAAAGCACAAGAAAUAGACACACCCGGGGUAAUUCAGCAAGUGUCGCAUCUAUUUCAUGGCUACAAUAAACUAAUACUUGGUUUUAACACCUUUCUUCCC